AUGACCGACAGGAAGCCCACCGCCGGUGCAGAGAUUGAAGUUGAUAAUAAUUACCAACGUCCUGACUACUCCGCGACUGACACCGAAGACACCGCUUCACAAUACUCCACCGCAUCCCUCACUUCAUCUGUCUACGCCUAUCGCUACGAGAACGGCCGCCGCUACCAUGCCUUCCGCGAUGGUGUCUACAACCUGCCCAACGACGAGACGGAGCAAGACCGCCUCGACAUCUACCACCACAUCAUAUGCAUGUUCCACGCUAGGCACAACAAGUCCACAGACUCGAAUCUACUGCUCUUCUGCCCCGUAACGGAGAACCCGCAGAAGAUUUUGGAUCUCGGCACCGGGACGGGCAUCUGGGCGAUCGAUGCGGGGGAGAAGUGGCCGAGCGCGGAGGUGAUUGGAACCGAUUUAAGCCCGAUACAGCCGAGAUGGGUCCCGCCGAAUGUGAUGUUUCAGGUGGAUGAUGCAGAGAGUGAGUGGACAUGGGGGGAGGAGGUGUUCGAUAUUAUACAUAUCAGGCAUUUAAGUGGUUCGAUUAGAGACUGGGAUGGCUUGAUACAGCAGUGCUAUAGGGCACUGAAACCCGGCGGCUGGCUCGACCUCUGCGAAUUCCCUAUGGAAUUCUACAGUGACGACAAGACUCUCGAGGGCAGCGAAAUGGACCGCUGGUACAAGCUCGUCCAAAAGGGCACCGAAAAGACCGAUCAACGUUUCACCCCCUCCGCCCUCCCAACAAUAAUGGCCACCACCGGCUUCACUGACCUGCGCAUCAAGCUCGAAAAGCAGCCCAUCGGCACAUGGCCCAAAGACCCGUUCCAGAAGAAGCUCGGCGCCUACUCGCAGAUGCUGAGCGAGAGCGGCUUUGAGGCGCUGGGGAUCGCGAUAUUUACGAGGGUGCUGGGGAUGAGCGAGGAGGAGUGUAGGAAGAUUAUCGAUGACUGUGUGGAGGAGGUCAGGAGUGGGAAGGUCCAUUCGUAUAUUGUACAGCAUUUUAUGUGUGGGAGGAAGCCGGAGGAGGAUUAA